AUGGAGGCUAUGACGGGUGUCAAAUUCCUUCAAAAGUUUCGGCUCUACGAAACCAGAUCGAAAUUUUAUCUUAUUGGAAGAGACAAGAGCAGGAUUCACUGGAGGGUGCUAAAAAUUGAUCGGUUGGAGUCCACUGAGCUGGGUGUCGAGGAGGAUCCAACUAUUUACACGGAGACUGAAUGCCAAGAACUGCUUUGUCGGAUCCAUGAGGGGAACAAGUUGACUGGUGGACUGAAAUUUGUCACAAAAUGUUACGGAAUAGUUGGUUUUGUAAAGUUUCUUGGUCCUUAUUACAUGGUUAUAAUAACCAGGAGAAGGAAAAUUGGCAUAAUAUGCGGCCAUGAAAUUUAUUCCAUUGCCAAGAGCGAAAUGAUUGCAAUUCCAAGUGUUAUAGUCUGGCCCAACGUGGCUUAUUCUAGGGAUGAGAACAGAUAUAAGCGCCUGCUUUGCUCAGUUGAUCUUUCGAAGGAUUUCUUCUUCAGCUACUCUUACAACAUCAUGCGCAGCCUUCAGAAGAACAUAACCGAGAAGAAUACUGGACAGGUUGUUUAUGAAACAAUGUGUGUAUGGAAUGAACUUCUGACACGAGCAAUUCGGAAUCAUCUCAAGAAUACCUGUUGGACUGUUGCCUUAGUCCAUGGCUUUUUUAAACAGUCGAAGCUCUCUGUAUCUGGCAAGGAUUUUUGGUUGACCCUUAUAGCUAGGCGCUCACGACAUUUUGCCGGAACCAGAUUCUUGAAACGUGGCGUUAAUGAAAAGGGCAGGGUAGCCAAUGAUGUUGAGACUGAACAGAUUGUUUUUGAAGACACAUCUGAUGGAAUCCCAACUCAGAUAGCUUCUGUUGUACAACAUAGAGGAUCGAUACCUCUUGUCUGGUUUCAGGAAACUUCAAGGCUUAAUAUUAGACCAGAUAUUAUAUUAAAACCUGAUGUGGACUACAAGGCGACUCGCCUUCAUUUUGAGAACCUUGCACUUAGAUAUGGGAAUCCAAUAAUCAUCUUGAACUUAAUAAAGACCCGCGAGAAGAAGCCCCGUGAAUCUCUGCUCCGUGCAGAAUUUGCAAAGGCUAUCCAUUACAUUAACAAGAGCCUACCUGAUGACAAGCGUCUAAAAUUUUUACACAUGGAUCUGAGUAAACUUUCUCGAAGGAAAGGAACCAAUGUGCUUGCACUGUUGAACAAGGUGGCAUCAGAUGUGUUGGAUCUAACUGAAUUCCUCCACUGUGAAAUAAGUACAUCAACAAAACCUGAUGACACCUCAAGUGGAGAAGAAACUGUUGCCAAACCACGUGAUGACAGAAGUAGCAGAGAUCAAACUGAAUGUGCAGCUAAGCGUCAACUUCAUGUAUUGGGGCUUACUGUAGCACAGAAAAUUGAAUUGCAUGAUCCUCUGGCUGAUGAUCUGAUGGAUUUCUAUGAACGGAUGGGUGAUACAUUAGCUAUUCAGUAUGGUGGUUCUGCUGCUCACAACAAGAUCUUCUGUGAGCAAAGGGGCCAAUGGAAGGCAGCAACCCAAUCUCAGGAGUUCCUUCGAACCCUUCAACGCUACUACAAUAACGCCUACACUGAUCACGAGAAGCAGGAUGCUAUAAACAUGUUCUUAGGUCAUUUCCAACCUCAGCAAGGGAAACCUGCAUUGUGGAAGCUGGACUCAGAUCAGCAUUACAAUAUUGGGAGGCAAGGAACUUUAAAAGAAGAGAUUGGAAGAUCAUUCAUAAAGAGGUCACUAUCAGAUGGUAACAUACUGUUGGAGAACAGUUUGCCUAUAACUAACUGUAACAUUGAAACAAACAACACAGAAUUGCUCCCAAUGCAACAGCUGGAUGAUAUUAGAGAACCUUCUGAUUCUGCGCCAGAGAUCUCCAUAUGUGAACCUAACCCGUGCUCCAGUAUUAACUGUGGCACAGUGCCUGGAAGACACUCCAUGUCAGAAGAGCGGCAGAGUUAUUUGAAAAGAUUAGGUUACCCUGAAUUGCAUUCUUCAAAUUUCCUUGACCUUGAUUUGUUGUCAUCUUCAGGGAAUUCGUGUGACGAGGAAGUAUUUGAGAGGUCAUCACUGAUCAAUUCACCUAUGGAUGUGAUCAGUGUUGAAUCAUCUACGUCAUACAGUGAACAAGGAUACAUUGAUGAGGGCAGGGAUGACACGGAUCUUUCCCGUUCAAGCAGCCAGCUCUCAGACGUUCCGGACUAUUCUGACCGCUUUGCGCACUGGGUCGCGAAUGGAGGCAUGCUUUGCUUCUAG